AUGGCACAACAACCAGAAUCACCCAGAUUAUCUUUAUCUGAAAACCAAGCUACAAUCCAGAAUCAUAGAAUUCAACGAGAAAUUAAUAAUAUUAGACAAUAUUUUCAAAGUUUGAAAGGAGAUUUACAAACCCAGUUAGCUACACUUCAAAAUAAUUAUAAUCUUCUCCAACAGAACUUAACUCAAAAUGAUUUAUUACUUGCUGAUAUUCAUCUUGAUCUUAAGUGGAUACCUUUACCAAACAUGGCAACAAUACAAGAAGUAAUAGCUGUAGUAACCUCCUUAAUUGCACCAAUUCUGCAAUAUAUUAGCCAAGAACCUCCAAAAGACUAUGUUAAUAAAAUCAAACAGUUAUAUAAUUGUAGUAGUAUAGUAAGUGUUGUGGCAGCCUUUAAUGAUGCUAUAAAAACCCAGAUUUUAGCUUCAAAGAUGGGAGGAAAAUAUAUACCACCCAAUCCAUUUAAUAAUCAAGCAGUAGUUGCAGUCAAUACACUAGCAUUAUUUUUAGCAUGGCUUAAUACAAAAUAUCAAAGAAACAAUAUUGGUACUCAACAAAUCGCAACUCAAAGAUUAACCCAAGAAAAAUUUAUGCUAUAUGAUACUUCAGAAACUUACAAAACAAGAAUCAAACCAUUUUUAUUAUGA